AUGGAAAGCGAAACGGCUAUGGUUUCCUCCACGAAAGCCCAGGCAAACACGGCUGCUUCUGGGGAACGGGGUGCAGGUACACUGUGUGUGUAUGUGAGAGCCACAAGGGAGUCCAGGAAAGGAGCUGCCAAGCGCGAUCUCCGCCUUUCGGCUCGUCACAAAGCAUCUAACUCGCUCCUCAUUCUGCAAGUUGUCGGCACAAGCGAAGUUGAGGACCGGCGAGCGCUUCCAGUUCCUGAGCGACUGACAGCUCAAGGAAGACAGUUACGUACGGGCCGUAUAAGGAAAGACGAACGCCACAGGCGGCUGACUUCUAUUUCGGCAAGCGGCGAAGAACAGAGAAGGGGACACAACCGAGAAAUGAAGAGAAUCCCGGCGCAGAAGCCAAGCGGCAAAGCACCCAUGCAUAGCAGACAUCGGAUAAUGCGCCGCUACCGGAGGCGAGUAUCAGCAUCACAGUGUGUCAGUGCUCAGGCCGAAGUAUUUAUGGCAUUAGCAGAGAGUGCGAACGACCUAAGUCGCCUUACGUACCGAAGGCGACACCCGGACGCGAGAAAGUGUAAUUUCCCGCACCCCGAGACUCCGUCUGACUCGGUGGACCAGCGUGGUCCGUCAUUGUUAGGCGCGUCAUCAGCAAGUCGCUUGUCUCAGUCUCCCGUCCAGCCAGGCAGUCAGACGAAUUCUGUUCGCGCCAGCGAAAUCGUUCUCUACCAAGGGAAGCUGUCCUUGCGGCCUCCGGUAUCCGUAGGUCUGUCCCGCUUGGAGUACUCUCCACUUCACAAAUCGAUCAUGGAGGCACGUGUGCGGAACGAGUUCUCCUGUGACAGCAGCGAUACGCCAUUGUCUCCCUCAUUUCGGGUUUUCUCGUUGCCCGAAGACACGAUUGGAUCAGAGGAGGGAUCCGCGCAAAAGCCGCUUUUGUGUCAAGACACACUGAGUGUUAUUCCUGCUAUGACGGCAGAAGUCGGUCGAGUGCCACCGUGCUGUGUGCAGGUAGUCCCUUCUCCUCACCCAAUUCCGAGCGAUGAUAGCCUAGGAGGCUGUGCAAGCGAGGCUGUCUAUUCUGAUAAAGUUCAAACAGAGGACAACCCCCCACACUCCAUACGUAUACGUCACCGAAGGACGGACAGCGGAGCGUCCGUUGAUGUGGCGGCGGUAGGCAGCUCGCUCGGUUCUGGCGAGAUUCGUCAAGGUAACGCAGUGAUAGCGUUUCAUUGCAGCAGUGCAAGUGCAGAAGCUGGAGACCUGUCAACAGAGGGGCAUGAUGCCUUUCGUGGCGAAAGCAAACGACGGAAACUUUUGCCGUCAACACGUUCUUGUCCUACGACUGUGCAUCCAGAAGUUCCAGCUCUGUGUCCGCAAAGAAACGCACUCUCAUCCGGUCUAGUUGACCACGGCAUGCGAGGCGACCCUUUACACAGGACCAUCCCAGCCGAUGCACGAUUCACUUCGACUUGCCCCUUCUCCAUGAUUUCGCCACAACGUGAGGCAGGCACUCUGGGGCAGACACGUUUACGAGGAACAGACGAUCCGUCUUCGGCGUUGAGCAAACUGACACAUCGGAGAAGUGCCUCCUGUCAAGUAUUAGAAGCGAACGCCGAUGAAAGGCAGUCGGAGAAGCCAGGCGAGGAUCCCUCUACCGACGGUCGUUGUUCGCCUGUGACGGAGGAGAAGACAGAUGAGUGCCUGACUCACACGGAUAUUCUAACCUCCAUAAUUGGCGAGGGUGUCGCCGGCGUCCUCGAGAGAGGCGCGAUGACACUCCACAAAUUCUUAGGUGAAACGCUUUCGGAGAACUGGGGGACCGAAAUCCCACGCUUAUCCUGCAGAAGCGAGCGAAGCAUAGAAGCAGCUCGAGACUCUCUCUUACGUGGCACACAAAAGCGGAAACGCCCGCAUGCGGACACCUCUUGCCCCUCGGUAUUCGAUUGGAUCGACGAUGAAUGGUCUGUAUGUUCGGUCUUAACGACGCGCGACAAGGCAUGGCGCAGCAAAGUUGGAGCGUGGGCUUUCUGUAACCGAGAGGACGAGGAUUCCGGAGAAGAAAGCCAAACUGUCAUAGACUGCUGUCAGAGAGUUCGAACAGAUGACAUAAUGCAGCCCGAACGACACCGUCUUCAGACACCUACGCGUACGCCUCGUCCUCAGAGUGGCUCGUCGGCGGAGAUGGAAGCGAUGCCUCCAAGAAUUUCUCAGAAGCUGUCCCACACACCUGUACUUGCCAUGGCGUCUGCAUCCUCAGGUUCGUCUGCUUCCUCGAUUUCGCAAAGACCUUGCCAGAGUGCCAAGGACCCUUCCGCUUAG